AGCAGCAGCGGGACCCGCUGGGUGACAGGAAUCUGUUACCUGCAGCGGACAGAGCGCAGAGCUGAGGUGAGUCCACUGUGACUCAGUCUGCGACCAAACACGGAACCAGCCGGUUUCCCUCGAACCCGAACCACCAGCUGCCACUUGUUUCUGUCCUCUGAGGUUUUUUCUGCUUCUUUGGACCGAAUUGUUUCUGAUUCUGGGAGACAAACGGAGGAAAUCUGCAGAUUUUCUGGUUUCUUUUUCAGUCAGACUUCAGAGGAUGGAGAGAGGCGAGUUUCAGAGAGGAGUUUAAAUUCUUUCUCUUUGCUGAUCAGAUGGAAAACGACACGAUGUGGAGGAAUUUCACCCAAGUUCUCUCCGAACUGGACGGGAUGGGUGAUGAGGAAGAGGAGGAAGAGGAGGAAGGCGUCAGUGGGAACGGACUGCGCGUCCUGAUUGGCUGCAUCCUCUUCCUGCUCAUCGUGUCCACGCUGCUCGGGAACACGCUGGUCUGCGCCGCCGUCAUCAAGUUCCGCCACCUGCGGUCCAAAGUCACCAACUUCUUCGUGAUCUCGCUGGCCGUGUCCGACCUGUUCGUGGCCGUGCUGGUGAUGCCGUGGGAGGCCGUGACUGAGGUGACCGACAGCUGGCUGUUCGGAGGCUUCUGCGACGUGUGGAUCACCUUCGACAUCAUGUGCUCCACGGCCUCCAUCCUCAACCUGUGCAUCAUCAGCGUGGACCGGUACUGGGCCAUCGCCAGUCCCUUCAAGUACGAGCGGAAAAUGACGCACCGCGUGGCGUUCGUCAUGAUCGGGGUGGCGUGGACGCUGUCCAUCCUCAUCUCCCUGAUCCCGGUGCAGAUGAACUGGCACAGGGCUCUGGAGGAGGACGGCGCGGUGAUGGAGGAAGUGGCGGCCAUCUUGGACAGGAACUGGACAAACUCCACCAACCUGACCGGAAGCGCCUCGGCCUCCAUGAGCUGCGUGGCCAACCUGAACAAAACCUACGCCAUCUCCUCGUCCCUCAUCAGCUUCUACAUCCCGGUUCUGAUCAUGAUCGCCACUUACACCCGGAUCUACCGGAUCGCUCAGACCCAAAUCCGCAGAAUCGCGUCUUUGGAGCGGGCGGCGGAGCAGGCUCAGAACCAGGGCCACGGAGUGACCAGGAACCAGCAGCCGCCCCGGGCCGCCGACGAGGCGUCGCUCAAGUCUUCGUUCAAGAAGGAAACCAAAGUUCUGAAGACGCUGUCCAUCAUCAUGGGGGUGUUCGUCUUCUGCUGGCUGCCGUUCUUCGUCCUGAACUGCACCGUCCCGUUCUGCGACCCGCCGUGCGUCAGCGACACCACCUUCACCGUGUUCGUCUGGUUCGGCUGGGCCAACUCCUCCCUCAACCCGGUCAUCUACGCCUUCAACGCGGACUUCCGCCGGGCCUUCGCCACCAUCCUGGGCUGCAACCGCAUCUGCUCCAACAACGCGGUGGAAGCCGUGAACUUCAGCAACGAACUCGUCUCCUACCACCACGACACCACCUACCACAAGGAGGCGCUGGUGCCCGCGCAGCCGCAGCAGCGGGCCCGCAACCUGAGCAUGACCUUGGACGACCGCCUGGGGGACAUGAGCGCCCGGUUCGACGAAGAGUCCAACAUCUCCAGCGGUUCUGCGAGCCGCGACAGGCUGCUGCUGCUGCCGGCCGUCCAGCUGGAGGACGACGCGGAGAUUUCUCUGGAAACGAUCACACCCAUGACGUCAGCAGCGGAACUGGAAAACGAGGUUUUCAUACCUGGACGAGUCCAUCAGGACGGAUAGAACCAAGCAGAACUCAUCAGUCCAGAGUAGCACUGAUAGGCCGCAAAAUAGAAACUCUGAUUUGAUUCCUGAUUUUAACUGAUUCUCUUCUUAUUUUCUUUUCCCAAGAAGAAAUUGUAAAUGAUAAAGUAUUUUCAAACUGUGGCUUUUUGUCAUCAUCCCUCCUAUUACGGAGUGUUUGGGUUAUAAGGAGAAUAUAAUCAUAAAAUUAGCAGAAUAAAGACAAUUUGACCAGAGAAAAAGUCCUUUUAUGAGAAAAAGUUUGGAUAGUUAUGAUCUGAAGUGAGCAAAUCCCUUCAUCUGGUUGUUUCUUGUUUGGUCGAUUAUGUAAAACUCUGGAUAAUAAUUUCAUGCUAAAGUGUUAAAAUGUAUUUAUUAAAUAUUAUAUGUAAAACUUACACCAAACUGUCACGUCACUCAGUAUUCCUCAUUUUUUAUGUUGGAGUUUUUCAUAUAAUUAUACUUUAUCCUCACAUUAUUUUAGUCUCUAUUGCCACAUGAGUGAAUUCUUGUAAUAUUAUGAUUUAUUCUCUUAAUUAAAAUUUUAAAUCUUAGUCUGACCCUAAUAUUCAGAGUUGACCUGAAUCCAAAGCUGUAAAACAAGAUGGCCGCCCCAGGCCAGCUGACGUCUCUGAAUAUGGAAACCCGAGGAGAACAUGGUGAAAAACAAAAUCCAAAAAAUAAAUAUUCAGGAACCAGGAAUCUGAUUAAUCAAUAAAAUCGAUUUAUGGCCCAGUCCUGCUGGUUGUCAUCAGAAGAUGAACUCAAAUGUUAGGAAAAGAAAACAGUUUUUAUUCAGGAUUAUGAGUUAUCUUUUUGUUCAACACUAUGAGGGAAAAUGAGGACAAACCACACCAAAGCAAUGCACUAAUGUCUGCAGGAUGACUCACAGGAGCCUGGAGGUUUUAUCAGCAGUUUUAUAUUUACUGUUAUUUAUUCAGUUUCUUUGUUAAAUGUCAACAUGUAGAAGCAUCUCAGUCAUGAUUUCAGAGACAUGAGAUCCUCCACAUCCUCACA